AACUGUGAUUUUUGAUCGUUAGGAUCGCUAAGUGGAACGUACUCAUUGUGAAUUUGGACGAAGGCUAUCAAAAAAGUUUUGUUGUCUGUCCCGAAUAUUUUUUUUUUGGACUUUUGGUUGGGCAUCUUGGGCCUUGGGGAGGACAAUAAUUUUAUCAAAAAUAAACAAAACUUUUGUUUUGUUUUUACUCAGAGUUAGAUGUCAUGUCUUGGCUAUAAUUCGUAAAAUAAAAAUGAAAGAAAUCCUAAAGUUUCCGGAAUAUUACUUUUUAUAAUCGUUUAUUUUAUAAAGUAAUGUUGUUAAGUCUUUUCGUUAAUAAUGAAUGAGAGAGAACGUGAGUUUCGUAAAAAACGUAUUCGCUCCAGUAACUGGGACGAAGCAGAAAAGCAAUUAUUUCGAAGUGUUCUGAAUGAAUAUGUGCACAUUUUGGAAAAUAAAUCUCUGAACACAAACUCAAAUAAAUUAAAAAAUAAAGCUUGGGAAGAAGUCCACAAUAAGUUUAAUCAGUUAAAUAGCCGAAACAGAAAUCUAUGUGCUCUAAAGAUACAAUGGAAAUCGAUAAAAGCCCAUAAGACUUUUCGAACUUUUAAAAAGGAACCAAGUGAAACAGGAGGAGAGCUAAGAAAAAAAGAGUCAAAGAAUGAGGAGCCAAGAACAGAUGAGCCUAGACGAGAAGAGCCAAGACGACUAGUACCAAGACUAAGACCAAAAGAAGGGAUGAAGGAGUACAAAGACUACAUAAAUGGCAUGAUAAGCCAUACCAAAAUGCUGAAGGAAGCAGAGCACAAGAGGUUUAUGGAGAUGGCAGAAGAGGAGCACAAGAGAAAGUUGGAGAUGGCAGAAGUAGAGCACAAGAGGAAGAUGGAUAUGGCAGAACAAGAACACCAGAAAAAGAUGGAAGAACACGAUAUAAAAGUGGAGAUUGAGAAAGAAAAUCUGAUAUCUGCCAUGUUAACAAGAGAGCUUUUAGAAAUAAAAAAACAAAAACAAGAAAAUUUUAAUUUGUAAGUUAGGUUAAAGUAAAGUAAGUAAGUAAAUAAGUAAGUUUAAGUUAAAUUAUAAUUAUGUGAAAAUGUAUUUAUUUUAAAAAUAUAAAACCAUAAAAUAAAACCUAUAAAACCAUUUA